GUCAGCGCCUGCCGUCACUCACUCGUCCCUCGCUUUGUGUGUACUGUAAACUUGGCUUAAAUCAUUCAUAACUCACGGUAAGGAAGCCGUGAUUCUUGUUCACGUCGCCGCGGUGGAGUGAAACUUUGCCCAGCUGGGGCUGAGUGGAGGCACUGCCGCGGCCGGUCAUCUGGUGGUCAUCCUGCCGGGCGUGGUUGUAUACAAACAAGUGGGUAGAGAAGGAAAUCUCUGAACGCCAGAGGUAGAAGGGAGGUUCCUGCGCCCACGUGUCAGGGCGCGUUUAAUGGCUGCUCCCAGCGGAAACAAACGGGAAUUUAUUAGACCAUGUGGAGUUGGACAAACUUCACAUGAUUAGCUUCCUUCCCAUCAGUUACUUCCUCUCCCCCCCUGCUGUCUUUGCCGACACAGUUUAUAUUUCCUGGGGCGGUUGUAGCUUCGCCUGAAUAGGCUGUCUAUAAUGAAUCUUUUGGAUGUCGUCAGAGGCAGGGUCUGCGUCUGUGCCUUCUCUAUUUUAAAAGCGGAGUUUGGCUUUGUUUUUAAAAGUGCUAGUCACCAGACUGCACCCUUGCCAGCGCUUCUCAGCUCUCAAAGUAAAUUAUCGCAGGAUGGCGGCCCUCACCUAGGAGAACCAGGAAGGCAGGCAGCGCUAGAACGACGGGAUUGAAUUUUACUAUUGCCAAAACAAUCACAUUCAAAUUCAUUCCACUUAAAACCUGAAAACAUUGGACCACACAAAGUCUUACUGAUUUCAGGUAAAAACAAAAAUUGAAGAUGUCCAGCAAAACAGCAAGUACCAACAAUAUAGCCCAGGCAAGGAGAACUGUGCAACAGUUAAGAUUAGAAGCCUCCAUUGAAAGAAUAAAGGUUUCGAAGGCAUCAGCGGACCUCAUGUCCUACUGUGAGGAACAUGCCAGGAGUGACCCUUUGCUGAUAGGAAUACCAACUUCAGAAAACCCUUUCAAGGAUAAAAAAACUUGCAUCAUCUUAUAGUGGAAUAGAGAAACAGCUCCUCGCCUCUUCUCAACAAAGCAAAUUAUGAGCAGCUCCUUGAAGAGAUUUACCUUCAGCUUAUUUGGUAACCACUGCUAAUAACUAAAAUGUUCUCAACUUGGAAUAACAGACUCUGAAGUCUCUAUUUUCCAAGUUGUCCUUUCUCUUAAAAUACCCUUUACUGAUUUAAUACAGAAUAACAAUCUUAUUUUCCACUUGGUAACUAUAGCUUUAUGUUGGGUUACUGUUUAAGGAAAGUUGAUCUGGGCCUUUUUAAAAACAUAAUUAUAUACUUUAAAUAUACAAUGGAUUCCGAUAUGUCAGGACCUAAAUUGCCUAAGCACCUGUCAAAUUAAAAUGCCAAAAUUAAUUGAAAUCCUAAAGCCUUUAUAUCAUAUUCUUUAUAAGGCGUGUGCCAGCCUGUAUAGUAUAUAAGGGAGAGGGAUGUUUUGUGUAUAUAUAUGCCUUUGUGUAUACACUUAUCAAAGCUAUUUUCUUAUGAAAACAUCCCUCUUUCCAUACCAUCAGUUUCUCAGUUCCAGAAGUUAUACCUUUACUUUGAGCUGUGUAUAGGUAGAAUAAAAAAAUUCCUUUCAUAUCGUUAUUGUACAAAAAGUAAAGAGUAUCCUAAAGAUUGUAUUCAUUGUAAUCAAGUAAUGCAGUCAUCUCUCCUCUCUUGAAAUCUUGCUGGACCUCUUAGGCUACAAUAAACUGCACCAAGCUAAACUGACAGUCCUUCAAUAAUAUGAGACAUUAAUUUACAAGGACCCUUUUGGGCUUCAAUGAUGCUGAGUCUGGAAAAAGGGAGGAGACCCUUGGGAGGACCCCAUGCAGCUGUGCUCCCAGGGCUCAUGUUCUCUACUGGAUUAGGGAUAGGCACCUCUGAAAUCUCCACCCUGAUCAUUGGAAUGAAACGGAGUGAACAUGAGCCCAGCUGAGAGAGGAGCAGGAAUGUGUGAAAACCAGCUGCUCUCCUUGUCCCAGCGUUGUGAUUGAGCCCUCUGUCUUGCUCUUUCUGCCUUCCCUGUAUCUUUCCUAUCUUACCAGAGCAUCUGUUUGCAGAAUUAAUACCACCUUCCCCAGCCGCAGGUGUGUGGAACACGGUGAGAAAAAAAAUUUUUUUUAAAAAAUGCAAAGUUGUCAGGAUGCUUAAGCUCUUUUCAGAUAUCUGCAGUUUCAUCCCUACUUUGUUCAUACACCAUCCAAGAGGCCUAUAGGCUACCCAAGAGAGCCUUGGAUUCAGUGGUACCCUCCUUGGGCCCAAGGGCUUCAGCAACUGUGUAUGGAGUUCCUUGAUUUUCCUUUGGUCCCAAAUACAGCCCUCACACCCUUGGAAUUUCCGGGUGUGGGGGUAGCCCCAAAAGGAGGAAUCUCCUAUGGCCAAUAAGGUAUCUUGACUUUAUCAAAGUAGAAGAGAGAGUCACUUCGCAGUCAAAUCAUACACACGGCCUUUGAUAUUUUAAUUCAUCUUUAGUUCGUUAAAAGUAACUACUAAGGAAAGGUUAAAAACUUCCUCUCAAAAAGGAAUCAACCCCAAGAAGCAAUUAUUUACAAUGAUUUUCCCAAAUUUUGUACAAUCUGUCCUGGAAAGCAAACCCCUUUUAAAAUCUAAUGUCUGGGCUUUGAGUAUUAGCUCAUUUAGGGUGAACAAAAUGCAUUACUGUUUUUAAAUUGCCCACAUUUAUUCAGUAUUUCUCCAAGUUGCUAUCUCCUCAGCCUUGUGAAUGGCCCUCACUUUUCUGAGGCCAUGUGAAAAUCACGGCACUGCCCUUAGCCUUGUGUCAUCUGCUUUUUCGUUCUGCAAUAUGCCCAGUUCCCAAAUCAAUUGUAAGUACCUGUUUAGGAGAGAGAAAGAUUUUACCUCUCAAAGGGUGAGAUUGGAAAUUUACACUAAAAAGACAACUUUACAUUUAAUGCUUCACUUAAUGAAACAUUCUUUUUUUAUAAGUCUAUUUUUCUACUCAGUUUCAGAACACUAAUCUGAUUUUCACUCUGAUUUUUAACGUUUCUUUAAAUAUUUAUAAUGUAGCUUCUUUCAAAAUAUUUUCAUGAAAAAUUACUUUUAUUAUACCAUUAUGUGCACGUUAUUGGUAGCAGGCAUAGUUUAUUAUUUAGUACUGAAACAUGCUCUUUUACCUAACGGUAAACAAGUAUGUUUUGAUAUAUAUCUGUUAAUAUGCUUAUAGUGGUAAGAAAUGGACUUGAGGUCGCAGGAGAUUUCAUUUUCUUUGCCCUGGUCAAAUACAAUAAAGGCCAUGAGUAUAAAUAUGUAACUUCCUAACCAGGUGUAGGGCAUGUUCAUGAAUAUCAAAUCUUUUGAUGCUGGACCCAAGAGGGGAAAAAUUGUAGCUAAAUGUUGAUUUACUUAUAACUAGACGUCUGUGUGAGAAAAUAUAUGUAUACGUAUAUAUGAUAUGCAGAAGUCACUUUUAUUUAUCAGGCUUUAUUCUCCUUACAAAGCCACAGUUUAACUGUCUGCAGCAGUUGGUUUAUGUUAAUGAUAGACAAAUACCCAGGGUUUGUUAUUUUUUCCAACUACCACUGUAAUGAUAUACUUUCUCACGUAUAUACAUGCAACUUCUUGGCUUCAUUUCCAUGAAGCUAUUUCAAUAUAUUCAGUAUACUUUGUCCUUAAUGCUGCUUCUGUUAGCAGUGAUCUCUUUCUUUUUUUCAUUCUUACAUCUUCAUUAGUUCAUCAUAAAUCUGUCCACUUGAGGCCUCAGGACCAUGGCAAAAUUUCAUGACUCCGAAGUAUUUUACAGAAACAUUUUUUAAAUAAGGGAAAUAUUUUAUAUAUCAGAUGGUUCACAAGUGAUGGGUCAUAGCUAGUUUUUUUUUCCUUCUAAAAAAUGUCAGGUUUUAAAAAUCACUUACCUUAUUAAAAUGAAAAGUGCCAUACUUACCUUUUAAAGGAAAGACCUGAUUUGCUUUUUCUCUAUUUAGACUGUUUUUGUACUUUACUAAUCUUUAAACUAUCAGGAAAAAAACCAAAACUUUAUACCAAUGAUUUGGUAAUUUUGAGGCAUAGGGUAGCUUACAUAGUGGAGGAUGUGCCAAAUAUUCUCUUCAAAUGCCACCUUCUUAACCAGUUUAUAACUAAAAUAGUGUUAUCUGACUAAUUCCUCUGAAUUUUGAUGUAAGAUCUAUACAGGCCCCCAAAAUGAUUAUAGUACAUGCCAGUCGCUUCUCAGUGAAAUAAAUACAAUAUCAGAGGACAUUAUGGGUUGUAUUGCUUUCUUUUAUGGUAGACCUGUUAAUGGGGAAAAAAAAUACAUCACAUCAAAUAGAAUCUUGUAUCUGUGUGUUAAAAUAGAGCACUUACCUGAAGUCAGUGGCCUGGAUCAUUUCCCAGUCUGUCCUGUGCUGUGUGACCUUGGACAAGGUGCUUCAUCUCUCUGAGCCUCUGUUUCUCCAUGUGUAAAACAAGGGGCUGCAGGAGAUGAUGGCUGAGAGCCCUUCCAGUUCCCAGAUGCCUUGGUCCAAAGACCCCACCCCUCUGCUGGUCCUGCCAACGUGUUGGUGCUAUAAGCUGCUUCAGAUAUAAAAUUGGUUUAUCUAUAAUGUUUAUUCAUUUAAUAGCUUCUAAAAGGCCUUUUUGUUAUACAGUGCUUUUUUUCUAGUUUUAUGGACUUGGUUACUGUAAUAAUGUCUUGUUUUUAGCCAUGUAAUUACAAACACAUAUUCUCUUGAUGUCUCAGUAAAUUUGCAUUUGAUAUAUCAUUGAUGAGAUUUUGUUGUUAUAUAAUAUUCUUCGGCUACUCAUCUGUCCAGCAUCUUAUUAACCAUAACACUGUGAUCAUUGUUUGGAAAUAUGUCCUAUGGAAAGAAUAAAAGGAUUUACUUCACAGCUAGCAUGUUCACAGAUUUGAAAGAAGUUUCAUUAAAAGCGCCAUUGCUUUCUUUACUGCAUCAGUGCCUCGUUGUAGCAUCCUACCUGUGUUUUGCUCAAUAAAUGAAUAAAAUACCA